GCACUUUUUCCAACCUCAGCCCGCCGCCGCUGUCGCCUCCCGAUCCGAUCCAUGGCGCUGCUAACCAAUGUUUCUGUGGAUCGAAUGGAACAGCUCAAUGAGGGUUUUGCCCCUGGAUUGGACGUGCUUCAGCAAACUCUGCACACCAUCAAGAAGCUCGUUGAAGCGGCAGAAGAGUGGCCGCCGUUCGUUGCUAAUGCCCGAUACACCAUGGAGGAGAACCAGAGCCUGACAUUACAGCUCCAAGAGCUGACGGAGAAGCUUGACAAGGAGAGCAAUGCCAAGGCUCUUGUGGAGGAGGAGCUGGACAAGGAGAGGAAGGCCAAGGCUCUUGUGGAGGAGGAGGUUAGGAAGGCCAAGGCCACGUACAAGCAGCAGAGAGAUGUACAGCCAUAGUCCAAUUCUGGACAAAGGACCAAGCAAGAAGAAUGCUGGAGCUAGGGUCAAGACUUCUCGAACAGGUGGCAAGUGAGGUUUACAGGGCAUCAUAAGGAUGGAGGAUCAACGUUGCGAGGAUUCAAGCCUGAUGCUGCUUUGGUGGGUGUGGAUUUGUCUCCACAGGCGUUGAUCUCCUUGUAAUAGGCUAGUCUGCUUGUCGAUGCCUGUUUUGCUUAGGUGACACUCCUGUUGUGCGCCUCUCUCUCCAGGUGGCUUUUGUUUAGAGGGCUUAACUCCUGCGUUGGAUGCUGGAUCUUAUUACUUUGGGCUUUGGGCUUUGUUAGUUAGCUGUUUGUUGCGUUUUUCA